UCUGGUCCAAUCCAACAUGGCGCCUUAGGGACCUUGUUAUUGUUUCGUCGCUCCUACAAGAGUUUGCCGUGCUUUUGAAAUUCUAGACGGAAAGAAACACCGGCGUGGUCUUGCGGGCAUGCGACACACAUCAGGAGAUAAUGUUAAGAUCCACCGGCUUCUUCCGUGGGAUUGACUGUCCGUUUUAUGCGGAUUACAACGACAGCAAAGGCGACAGAAAUGGGUGUAACAGACCGUACUGUCACUUCAGGCACAGCCAGCAAAGACGGUCCCAGUACGGAGCACCGGCAGACGUUAAAAAGCAAAGAGACCUUCAACUCGGACAAAAAGAACUGGGUUAUGACCCCUUCAAUCCCAAAGUAGUGAGACCACAGGAGCAGCAGAAUGAAAAGCAAGCCUCGGCCGACAUCACCGGCGCUCUGGAGCUGGUCAACAGGGCCAUCGAGGAGGUCCGCAGCGAGGUGGAGCGGGAGAAGAGGAAGCUCUCUCGGAUUGGGGAUGAGCCAUACGAUCCCAGUGAGGGUAACCGUUUAUCUUCAUCCGAGGCUGCUCAUAGCAAAGCAGCAGCUUCACAUCUGGCCUAUGAUCCGGGCAAUUACAAGAGCUCACCAGGGGGGUACAAUCCCACCCCCACCUCUGGGUGCAGCAAGUACACCUUGGAUUCAGACAAUCAGGGGAACAGUAACUCAAUGGAGUACGUUCCAACGUCAUUGAAAAAGCCCUCAUCUCGGACACAGUUGCAGCACCUCCCCUCUCCUCCCCCUAGCCCAAAGUAUUCAAGCAGCACACCCUCCUCAAAGUGCAAGUACACCGUUGACAAUUCUAAACCAUCCACGGAUAUGGAGUAUGACCCAAUGUCCAACUAUGCAGCUGGGAUCGCCGUGAAAAGCAAGCGGGACAGGGGUACCCAAAGGAAAACCGAAUGCAAAAAGGCACUCAAGCUAUCAGAGCCAGAUGUGUCAGAGGAGGAGUGCUCUGCAGUUGGGAAAAAGCCAUGGCAACCGAACACAGACACGAAAAAGUACACUAUAUCUGACUCUGAUGGGGAGAGCUCGGGGACAGAGUAUCGACCCACUUCACUGAGUAAUCUCCAACAAAGGAAAGGGAAUAUAGGGUUAUCUGGAAGAACUUUUGGAAAGGACAGAAGAGAGAGGACUGACAGUUUACUUGGUGCGCUGUCACAGAGGAAUAAAGAGCAGCUAGCACAGGACUCGGACAUCCGGGAAAAUAUUAAAGGAAAAGACAUGGAAAAAAAGAAGGGGGCUAGUAGUCACGAGAAGAGAGGCAAAACUGAUUUAAAGAAAUCAUUGAACAGCACGAGUAACAGCAGCAGUAGCAAAGACAAAGGGUCAGCAAAGAACUCUAACCAGGACUCUGCCAAGAAAGAGAACAAGAGUCACACAAAAAUGGAUGACAGGAAAAAUACAGUGAAGAGUAAGACAUCAGAUAAAGUUCAGAGGGAAGGCAGAGAUGAAAAGAGAAGCGAUGAGAAGAUCAGGACAGGGGAAAAAUUGAAAAGAGACUCAAGUCAACAAGAUAAAGAUGUACGAGAAGUAAAAAAGAUGAAAACAUCAGACAGAGAAAAAGAUAAGGAGCACCGAAACUACAAAGAACACCAGCACCAAAAUGGUAAAGGUGACAUCAGUAAGAAAGAAAAAGAUGUAAAGAAAAUUAUUAAAAGGAGUCAUAGCGGCAGUAAAGCUAGUUUAAUCAACAGUAAAGAGAAAGGAAAGCAAAGCAUCAGCUCAUCAAACGGGAAAAAGACAGAGAACAAGAAGCAGAAUCUGAGUCUGAGCCACGUAGAUCUGUUUGGAGACGAGAGCCCAGAUGAGGCUCAACCCAUCCAAAUGGAUUUUGAGGACGAGCCGGAGGAAGUGCUGGUGAGGAAAUCGGCUGACGCCCUGAAGAGGGGCCGUCUGAACAAGAGGAAGGCUUCAGAGCAGACUCCGUCUUCCUCUGAGGAUGAAGGUGAUCGCGGGGUGGAAGACAGCGGGGCUUGUCAGGACGAGGUUGACGGCGUUGGGAUGGACUUUUCCAGCUUUCAGGAUUAUCUGGACUUUGACUCAGAUCCAAUGGAGGAGUGUUUGAGGAUCUUCAAUGAAUCCAAAGAUGUGAAGAGAGAAGACAAGGGAAGGCAAGCAAAGCAGCCUUCUGGGGAUUCGGAGGAGGAGAAAACCACAGAUAGCACUUUAACCACUCUCAUCCCGGGUCAGAAGAAGAGGGUGUCUCAUUUUGUUGCCAAAGGGAAUACCGAUGCACCAUCAAAGGCCGUCGUACGGCCGUACAAGAGACCCACGGCGCAGGAGAUGUGCUACCAGCGCAUGCAGAUGGCGCAGCAGCAAGCCACUCAGCUCUCGGCCGCAGUCAAAGCCGCCUCGGAGAGAGUCCCAGAAAGUCCCGGCUUUUCUGGAGAAAGGAAGAGAAUAGCUCACCGUCCUAACCCAUUUACGUCAUCCUCAAAAACAAGCCCCAGAGGUGGUAAACCAGCCGCAAGUCAAGUUUUAAGCCCCGGUCAGACCCAUCAGGGUGUCAAAGCCCAAACCACAGCCGGCAUUUUAUCCAAAACCUCAUCUACAGCUCAGCAAAAGCGGAUGGCACACACCCCCACCAUGAAGAGCACUUCAAUGAAGCGUCCCGUCAUUCCCUCUGACUUUGGGGCCAAGGUUCCCACCAACAUCCGUCAGCGCUACCUCAACACUUUCAUAGAUGAAUGCGUUAAAUUUUGCUCAUCGGAGGAAGCUGCUUUCCACAUGGGCCUACAGGAGGAGAAGCUGGUGUACGACCGCAGUAGCAGUAAGAACAUCUACCUCAAUGUAGCCGUCAACACGCUGAAGAAACUCCGGAGCAAGAGCAGCUCCUGUCCGUCAGCUGCCAGCAAGGUAUCUGGGUCAGCUGUUAAACGGAGGGCCCAGUCCCACGAGGAAGUGCUGGGAGGUCGCCUUGCGGCCACCACGAGCUUCACUGUGAACAGGUCGGGUAAACACCAGGAGGAGAAACUCGCUGGAGCCAGUCUGUACAGGAAGCUGAAUGCGUAUUUGAUGACAGAGGAGCAGCUCCAGGAGCACGGAUACCCGAGGACAAACCUCGAGGCCCCAGGCAAAGCAGUGAUCCACAACGCCCCGGAGAAAAAGGCCGUUACAGACCCAUUUACGAAGAUAUGCUGUCGCUGUGGUGCAGAGUACAAGAUCAACAUCAACGGCAACUGUGUGCGGAAAGAGGAAUGCAGUUAUCACUGGGGGCGUUUACGCAGGCAUAAAGGUGAAAGCCCGAUGAGCACACAGCAGAAUCAGGAAUGGGUCAGCCUCUCCCCGCUCUUGUAUUUAUCUACAUCUCACUCUCAACAUGUCCAGGACGGGCGUAAAGAGUCAGUGGACGGCUUUGUGUCAACCUUCAGCAAAUUACUGCCCCCGGACGGAAAUGGAGGAGUGUUUGCUUUGGACUGUGAGAUGUGCUACACAAAGCAAGGCCUGGAGCUGACGAGGGUGACGGUCAUCGACUCUGAGAUGAAAGUCAUCUACGACACGUUUGUCAAACCCGAGAGCAAAGUGGUCGACUACAACACACGAUUUUCAGGCGUGACGGAGGAAGACCUGGAGAACACCACCAUCACUCUGAGGGACGUUCAGGCGGUGCUGCUCAGCAUGUUCAGCGCUGAAUCCAUCCUCAUCGGACACAGUCUGGAGAGCGACCUCCUGGCUCUGAAGCUCAUCCACAGUUCAGUCGUGGACACGGCCAUCGUGUUCCCCCACCGCCUCGGUCUGCCCUACAAACGUGCCUUGAAGAACCUGAUGGCUGACCACCUGAAGCGUAUCAUCCAGGACAAUGUGGAGGGUCACGACUCAAGCGAGGAUGCGUCUGCCUGCAUGGAGCUGAUGAUCUGGAAGAUUAAGGAGGACGCAAAGGUCAAAAGAUGACCUCUGAUAUUCCCGCUCUGCUUUCAUCAGUAGGACUUCCUGCAUUCGUGUUGGAGGCGGGGAGGCGAGGGGAUCAGCGGGCUCUCUGAGAGUUUAGGUCAAAGUUGCGAGGAGGAGGAGGAGGAUGGUUCAGCACAGUCUGAACCUCAGGAGAACAUCAGUAUUGUUCAACUGCAUCUGAGAAGAGGUUGUCUGCACUUUCAAAGCAAUAGGAACCUAAAUUAACAAUGUUUUCAUUUGCUUAUUGAUACUUCAGUUCUAAAUUAUGUCUGCUAAGGAAUAUUUGUUCAAUAUUUGAUCAGUGUAUUUUCAAGCCCUCAUAACAUUUUGACAAAUAAACCUUUUUUUUUGUGGAAGUACUACUUAAAAAGCAGGAGCCUUUCCUGCUGAGCGUCAAUGGUUACAACAGUAAACACGCUGGGCUAGCUCCUCCAGCCCAUCUUGCACUAUUCUAGAAAUGCUCCUGAUAUUUAGGGCCCAAGUCUGAGUACCUCAUGUGUGCUGUGACACAUUCACUUCUUCUUGGUUUCUCUUCGGUGCACCGAUGUCUUAGUCUGUUGGACACUGCUAUGUGGAUGCACUCGUGUUUCUCACCUGCACCUAGUUUCUUGUCAACGUGGCGGUUCUUGUUCAUUUUUUAGGUUGGUUCUCAAACCUCACAAAUCCUUCAAUACUUGAUCAUUUAAAAAGGACCCUGAGUAGAAAUACACAUCCUCUGCUUCUACCUUUGUGGUUCAGUCAUUGGAGUUAUUGGCUGCGCUUCGUAGCGGAGGUACUGCGUCCGUGUUAAGUCGAAACUGUGGGGAAUCUUUGUAACACCGCUUUAUUCCUCCAUAAAAUGUCCAAAUUAGAUGAUGCUAUUAUGCCUGGGCUCCUAAUUGCAAACUGUCAUCAGCUAACCUGUGCCGUUUUAUGUUGACAAAGAAUGAAAAUAUACCGGAGAGCUGUAAAUACGCUGUAAGCAGCUUCAUUUGUACCUGUUCUUUUUUUUCUGGUUGUUUAUCUUUUUCUAUUAAAUGGU